AUGAAGGGACUGCGUAAACUGACAGCAAUUGCAAUGGCACUGUUCCUGGCAACGUCCUUGGUAUCUUUCUCCUGGAGUGCACCUCAGGCUCAUUUCCAAAGGAGAAACUGGACUCCUCAGGCUAUGCUGUAUUUGAAGGGUGCACAGGGAUGUCGAUUCAUCUCAGAUGAGAGCCAGAAAAAGGAUCUGUAUGACAGAAUGAAGCUUAAAACACGCAGCCAAAACACAAAUCCACUAUCUCUCUCUGAAGCUGCUGCGCUGUUCUUUAGUUCCUUACAGAAAGCACAAGAAGAAGGUGAAGAAGAAAACAGUGAUCACCCUGGCUACUUGAGAGAUAAGCUAUCAAACUGGUGA